AUGACCUCUCAGCACAUCUCAGCCACGCGGCCUUCCCAUGAUGCCAUCCUCAAUACUGUUCUCGAGACAUUCCACGCCUACAACGCGAGCCGGCCGCUCUGUUAUGUCGGCCUGCGAGAGGUGCCGCCGGACCAGUUCGAGGCCGUCAACGCCCACUUUUCAGCCCAAGUGCACGCCGGUUUUAACGCGCUGCACGACUUUGGGGUCAUUUCGGACGCCAGUCUGCUGAUGAGCUGCCCUGAUCCGCCCAACGAAGGCCUUUGGCUAACCAUCCGUAUCCUCAAGCAGCCCUUGGACAUGUCAGAAGAUUGCAUGCACCGCACCUUCACACCUGCCGCCUCACCGUCCAGGACCCCAGACAACUUACCUCCGCGACCGCGUUACCAAACUGCGUGUCUUCCCUGAGCUGGACUGCGGCAUGGAGGACGGGAUAGCAGUCGGUCGACAUGCAGCCCGUCUUCCCGAGCGUGCCCCUCG